AUGGAGGCCAGCACGGCGACAGCUGGGGCGAAGAAGCCACACCCACUGCCAUGGCUGGAUCUGCUAGUGAGGGAGCCCUUCUACCUGCUUCACUUCCUCGCCUUCUUCUCCUACUUCGUGGCACGCAGCUCAGCGACCGAGAUCUUCUCCUCUCGGGAGAACUAUGUCCGCCUUCUGCGCCGGGUAAGCCUUUCUUGGAGUUUCCCGGAAUUACUUAAUGAGCUUGAUCCCUCUCACUUAAACUAUCAACGAAUGAAUGGAUUUUUGUUUUAAGAUUUAUCUGGGGAAGUAUGAUCUAAUCUCUUGCUUUUCUCAUCUGCUUAGGAGAUUCAAGCGAUUCUCGCGUUUUUGGUGCUGGCUGUCGUAAAGGUAGCAUGUUCACUCUGUUUCAAUUUAUAAUGAAUGGGGGGAUUGAUCCGGAACCCUUCCGAUAAUGCUUAUUCAUACCUUUAUCGGUCUAGUUAUGUACGUGAUAAAUAAAAUCACAAUGAAAUUUAACUUGAAAAUUUUGAAUUUGGCAUGACUUAUUAAUCUGCAACGUGAUUUUUAUGCAGGCGGUCAAUCAAGAAAGUCAGGAGGCUUACAUCGCAGAUGUUGUAUUCUAUGCCAAGGUUUUUUUAUGAUCCUUGCCAUGGAUGAUUAUUCUGAAAUUUAUUCAUUCCACAUAUAUGUCUGGAAGAUGCCUAACUGGCACCAUAUACGCUAUGAUCAUAUUCUAUACGGAUUCAGUGAGGAUAAAACUUUUGGAAACAGAGUCAGGGCUAUCAGAUGUCACCUUCUCUUAAUUUUUCUUUUGUUCGUUCAAUAUUAAACGCCUUAUCUGUUUUCUUGUUUGAACUUGCUUAUUCAGGCUUUCCUUUUUGUACUUGCAUUGCUCAUCGACUAUCACCUGGCCAUCUGUUACCUAAUCGGGUUCCUAGGUAUGACUUUUGUGCGUUAACUUUGUAAUUUCUUUUAGAAUGAUAUGUAAAACUUAAAUAGUGAUUAUUUUCAUGCACAGUUUUUUCUUUGGUUGUGCCAUUUUUCUUUGAUUUUUAUUCAGAACAGCUGUUGAGUACAUUGUUACUGCCACAAAUUUUGGGCUCAAUAGAUUAUGUUUAUUAUGGUGUUGUUGGUUGUGCACUGAUUCCUGUACAAUCUCACAUUAUGGAAGCUGAUCCUCCAAUAAUGUUCUAGAAGUAUCAUGUGUUUUAACAAAAAGGAAAUGGGAAUUAAGUUGAUCCAUGUAAUGGGAAUAAAAGGAAGAACCAAUUCUUUAAAAUAUUUAAAUUAUAUUUUUUUUAAGUAUUAAGGAAAACAUUUUAAAAUAAUAUUAACAUAUUGACUUUUCUACCUUUAUAUUUUUACCACUUUGUCAAUACUCCCAACCCCAUAACCUUAAUUCGUCUUCAUGAUGGAGGUGAGAUGAAAGGAAAAAGGUGGAACCCCUGGGGUUGAUUGUGGCAGCACAAGUGACGGAAGUGGCAUUCAUUAUAGUUUUUUUCUCUCAUUUUCCUCUAAUUUUUUUCCCCCUUCAUAGGUACUUGUGGGGCCUGUUGGUUCUCUUUCCUUGUCUGUGUUCUCAUUAGUGAGAGGCGAUCGAUUCUUAUAUGAAUUAUCCAAUUGGAACACAAUCAACUGAUUUAGCAAAUCAUGAUUUUCUGAUGGAAGAAAUGGUAAUCUGAUGAAAGGUUCUCAGCAGAACAUGCUUUCCUUAUAUUUCUACCUUUUCCUUCCCAAGGCAUGUUUGUUUUAGGAUGUGAAUGAAAUCGGUCUGACAUUCGAAAGCAAAUAAGUACAUCAAAAUGUUUUGUUCUUAUUGCUUACAGGCAUAUCCACAAAACAAUGCCAUCCGAAAAAAAAGGGUGGGUCGGACUCGUUGAAUCAUUAAUUAUUCUGAUAUUCAAUCCCUGCAGAGACGUUUUAGAAGUGAACUCUUUUUUUCCUUCUUUUUAACUAUUCAGAUUUUUCCAAUGGCUUUGGUUUUCUCUGCUUGUAAUCAGGUGAUCCAUUUAAUUGAUACUUAAUUUUAGAUGAUGUUUUUUAACUAUUUUCAUCAAGAACAUACUUUUUCACGUAUGCUCAUCCAGAAGCACGUAAAGUAAUAACAGGCAAAGAUUGAUUACUUGGAUGACACCCAUAGAAUGACAACUAUGAAUUGCUAAUUUAGGUAGAAUGAAAGUCUGACUUUAUGGAAAAUUCUAGAGAAGAUGACAUCCUUUCAUUGAAUCUUUGUAAACUUUAAAAUUAACAUUUUUCCUAGUUCAGCAAACGAAACCCAAAAGUCAGUUACCCUAUUUCUCCCUUAAAAAAUAUGUUUCAGCUCUCAAAUUCUUUUUGAAUCUCUCUCUCCAAAUAAUCGUAAAUAGCAUUAUAGCCUCCAGUCAUCUUCCUCUCCUUCAGGCUCUUGCUUGGCUCAGCUGGUAUUUGGGUUCUGAUUAUAUGAACCUAUAUGCAUAAAUUUACUAUAUUUUUAUAUUGGCAUUUUUUUCCAGUGUUUAUGUUGUACCUUUUUUGUUUUCUUCUUUAUUAAAUUCUGUCUAUUGUCCUCCAUCUAAAAAUCGGUUGUGUAAACGAAUUUACUCUUGAUUUUGCUAAAUUGACUUUGAUUUUCCAUUUUUGUAUUUCUCGCAGUGAUAUUUGUUUUGGCUCAACAACCAAGCUGUGAUAAUUUAGGUAAACUAUCUUCUUGAUUCUUCUUAUAGAUAUGGAUUAACAUCCGAUGAAAGUAAUCCAUGAAUUGUCAAUAUCUGAGCAAGGACAUUCACCUGUUUAAGGUUAUGAUUUAAGAUAUCAUUAGAUUCUUAAUUUGAAGUAUCAUUAGAUUGUCGAAUACAUUUGACUCUUAGAUUUUGUUAUUUUAUUACCAUUAGUUAACUAUCAUUUCCUCUUCAUGUCUCUUGCUAUUAAUCCGAGUUCUGUGUUUUUUUUUUCUUGGGAUUCCUUUUGUAGUCUGAUUUUGAAGAAAGAAAUUCAGCCCGGUGACCAUAAUUUAAUGUAGUAAGUAGAUCAUGCCAAUAAAAAUGUUGUGUAGCAUUCAUUAGUUAAGUAUGAUUUCCUCUCCAUGUUUUAUCAUGAUUUCUUCUAUUUUUUCCCUUUCUUUCGGCAUUUGCUAUGGGGCCCAAUGCUGUUAUUCUGAGUUCUCUGACUUUUUGUGGGGAUCCGUUUUGUGGUCUGAUUUUGAAGAAAGAGAUUCAGCCUGGUGACCAUAAUUUAAUGUAGUAAGCAAGUCAUAUCAAUAAAAAUGUUAUCAUCUGUGCACUUAGGAAGCUUAAUUUAUGCAGGACCAUCAGUAAAAACCUGUUCCUGUCUUAAUCAAAUAUAAACUUUUGAGGUCUAGGAUGUCUUUCUGACUACUGCUCAUAUCAGGUACAUCCAAUAAACUAAAAGGACCAGAAUCUACAUGCUGUAGAUGUCACCUCUUCAAAAAUAAAUACAUAGGAGACAGCGAGGUAUUGUGAGGUCAUCCUGGUGACUCAGAAUUCGGGUUAUAUUAUGUCCAUACGAAACAACAAGGGAGUUCUAUAGGAAAUUCAGAGCAGUUUCAACCAUUUUAGUUUAGGCUGGUGAAUUUGGUAGUGAAUUAAAGUUUGAUGAAUGACCAUGGAGAGCAGAAAAACAACUAGCGGCCAUAAAAGGAGGCCUUGGGAGUCUAGGUGUGCCUGGUCAGUGAAUGUGAGACCUCGGGUAUGAAUUCUUCCAACCGGAAAUGUCUAAAAUUUUGAGAAAAUCAUAAAAUAGCUGAAAUUCAUCAAAACAGGUUUAUCAAUCUCCUUAAAUGCGCCAUUUACGGUGUGAUGCAUUCAGGAUACUCCUUUACUAAAAUUAUGCUGUGAAAAUAUGUUGUAAACUAUGUUUUAAAUUGAAUCAAUUUGGUUAUAAGUGCUUUAAUCAUGCUUUAAUGAAAUGAAGCUGUGCUGAAUGUCUCAAAGAACUCCAGAAAAAUGGGACGGAAAAAGAUGAUGUUUUCGAUAAAUUUACCGGUUCAGAGUUGCAUCACAGUUGCGUCAAUGAUUAGUCUCAAAUGCAUUGUUCAUUUCUAUAUUCCAUAUGAAGCAGGCUCUUAUUUAUUUAUUUCAUUAUAUCCUCAAGAAGGGAGAAAAUUAAAUCACAUGGGAUCUCAAAUUUUCAAUUGUCUUUUAGGUGAUUCAUGUAAAUUGACGCCUCUGCAACUAGAAACAUUGUUGACUGAAGGAGGCACCUCAAGAUAUUGGCUGGUGAGUCAUAUGCACCUAGUACUGUCUGUGCUCACGGGCUAUAUAUAUGUAAGCAGGAACUGUGAUCUAACAACUGUGUUUCCUCUAGUGUUGGCCCACCAUGCAAGCUCAACCUCUCAGCUAUCGUGAGAGAGCCAGAUUGCUCUAGCUUCUAGAACACGAGACCAUCACUGUCUCCUCACCCUCAUGGGUCCCUUGGGGGCAAAAUCAGUGUUCUAAAGACCUGUGGAGGGUGUCUUUAGAAGUAAUAGAAAUACUCUCUGGCUUCUGAUUUUAGGCAUCUUUACCUAGCUUCCUUGCUCCUGAGGUCAGUACAUCACCUACCGUGGCGCACCAAACCUGACACCAUUUUUUCUUUUUUCGUUAGAAUAACCUCAUACAAUCAUUUGGUGUCAUUUUUGAACACGAAACAUAAUAUCACCACCCAACUCAGAAUUGAUCCAAAAUGAGUGGUUUAAUCUAUCUCCUUCUGUAUCAGACUAUUUUAAGUAUGCCAAGAACAGCCACACCUUAUGUCCGCUGAUUGAUCUGACUGUCUGUUCUUGGAUAUGAUCCUUCAGAGAGUAGGUCAAUGAUUAGGUUCCAUGUUCUUCUGCAGGUGGAAUUCCGUAAUCAGUUCUCCUCCAGAUGCAUCCGCACGAGCCGUCUUCUGCCCGAGCUCUCCGUCAUGUGAGUCUUCCACCUGAGCUUUCUCACUCUAGAUUUCAUGGUCUCUCACCUCACCCAGAAAAGCUCAGGUCGAUCUGAUGAGAGACUUGGAACUUCUCUCCUUCUGGUUGCAGAUACUCGAACAAGAACAUCUCAUUUGGCAUCAUAGAUCUCGGGCACUUCCCGAAUUGUGCGGAUAAAUAUGGAAUAUCUGUAGAAGGUACAGCAUAUUAUCUUGGAACUGAACUUCCCUUUUGAGGAGAUCUUUCCUUCACUUAUUCUUCUUCUUCUUCUUCUUCUUCCAUGGAGCUGAAGGUGCGCUGGGGCAGCUCCCAACAUACGUAUUAUUUGACCAUUCGACGGAGGUUGCCCGCUUUCCGAGGCUUGCCGACGACUCGAACUCGCCAGCCAUUACCAGGGUUGGUCUCCUCGGUCUCAGAUGUAUGCAGAGACCCACGAACACUGACUGACCGGGCUUGGCUGUUCCUCUGGCUGCAGCGCAUUCUGUGCCGGCACUUCGACCUCGACCGGCGCCUCAUUGAGUAUAUAGCUGGGAGAUGA